AUGGCUCGCGGUGAAGGUGUUCAGACUCGAAGCUCCUCAGAGACUUCCAAUCAAUUUUCUGCUCUGGAUCCUGGUGGCCGAUCGUUUUCCGAUGAUGCUAGGAAUCCAUAUUUCCUAUCCAACAGUGAUUAUCCUGGAGCUAGUUUAGUUCCCAAAAUUCUAACUGGUUGUGAAAACUAUAGCUCGUGGCGUCGAGCAAUGACAGUCGCAUUGAUCGCAAGAAACAAGCUCAGAUUUGUUAAUGGCAAACUUCUAGCACCUGAUGAAGACGAUGAUGACUUUGAGCUAUGGAAUCGGUGUAAGAGCACAGUGAUAUCCUGGAUUCUUCAUGCGGUAUCAAAUGAAAUAGCUGAGAGCAUCAUGUAUAUGGAGAGUGCUACAACAAUCUGGACAAAUCUUGAAGAGCGAUUCAAUCAGAAGAAUGAUCCUCGAGUUUUUGAAGCGAUCAAAACCAAGCAGUCUCUUGCACAAGGAUCAAGUAGUGUUACUAACUAUUUCACUCGUCUCAAGUCCCUAUGGGAUCUUAUUCAAGAGUAUCGACCACAACCAGCUUGCACUUGUGGUGCUAUGAAGAUCAUCCAAGAAUAUCACGACGAGGAUUGA